AUGCUGCUAAGAGAAUGUAAGCGAGUCAUCGAGUAUGAGGCGGACAACGCUACCCCCAACACCCCCUCUUACCUUGGCACCUCUAUUUUGGGUAUCAAGACCCUCGACCUCGUUAUAGAGGCAAUAAACACAGCCAGAGGUGGGGUCACCGGCAUGGUCAAGGCGAAGGAGGGACAACAUGCUGCCAUUACUGAGGCUGGUGGAGAAGAACAUGGUACCGAUACUGCCGCUCAGACUAUUUCGACCAGGGAAGAGGAAGUGGAUGACGAGAAACAAAGGGAGGAAGAUGAGAUGAGAAGGAAGGUUGAAGAGGAACUUCGCGAGACAGAGGAACAGAAGAAGAAAAUGGUGAUGCUGCAGGAGGACAUGAGAAAGCUGGAGGAGAGAAAGCGAAAGCUGGAGGAGGAGAACCAGAAGCUGUUGAAACUGGUGGAAGUGGCAAAUGAAAAGGACAGUGAGGGUAAGGAGCCGGAGAAGGCUGAGGAGGAGGAGGAGGAGGAGGAGGAGGAGGAGGAGGAGGAGGAGGAGGAGGAGGUAGUGCAGAAAGGGAAGAAAAGAGGAAAGUCUGGGGGAUCUGGAAGACCAUCCAAAAAGCCUACCACUGACUAUUCAUCGAUCCAGCAGAGCCAGACAGCCGUCCAAAAAGGCCAUGCACCUCAUCUACAAGCAGGAGGCUGGCUGAACUGGCCAGUACUUGCUCUACAUGACCGGCCAGCACCUUUAUACAUGCCAGUACCUGCCCUAUACCCCCAGCCGGGACUCUUAUACUGUGCUGGCCAGUACUUGCACUACAUGACCGGCCAGCACCUUUAUACAUGCCAGUACCUGCCCUCUACCCCCGGCCGGGGCUCUUAUACUGCUCAGUAUAAGAGCCCCGGCCGGGGGUAG